AGGGCAUCCUGACAAUACAUUCCUGAGAGGUUCCCUAAGUCAUGUGCCAAAAAUAGUAGCGGUAAAUUUACCCCCCAGCCAAUCAGAAUUGAGGAUGAAAUAUUAUUUUUAGAAACAUUUGGUCCUGGUAUAUAAGGUCGUAAAAAUGUUUGAAGAAUUAAAUGUCCAAUGAAAUAGCAGUGUGACAGUGUUGGCGAAAGCUAAAUUGCAAUAUUGAAUAAUUCGACAGUGGGAUAUUCAAAGAGAAUAACAGGUAACAUUAUUGUAGCUUGUAACUUUUGUGUUCCAAUUGUAUGCCCUUACACUUACAUUUAAAUUGUGAUUUUGUUGCGUUGUCCAAUUAGUUAUAGGCAUUAUACUAUAGACUAUAGACAGAUCCAGGUGACUUCCCUCUAAUGUAGGCCACUAUGAAACGUGACACGGCGUAUGAAGGCGUACUCUCCGUACAGCCUGCUGUGUGAUAUAAGAUUUCAAAUCGGACACAUUCCUAAACCGCAUAACAAGUUGUGAGACAAGUUGGGCGCGGUGUGUUGUGGUAACGUAGACCUACACACAAUUGCGGGAUAUCGUAAGCAAGCAUUCCUCGCGACAGAAAAGUCCCCCUGAGCCAUACAAGUAAAUAACUGGCGUUAAUUUUACAGAAAACAGUCUUUGGUGGUAAAUAUAAAACAAUUAAAAUUGAUAAUAUUUAACGAUGUUUUGGCUGAUUGAUAACCAAUAUUGAUAUUGUAAUCAUGUGAUCACUUUGAUCAGGUGGAAUGUCGAGGGUAGUAUAGCAGCAGCAAUUAUGUGGCUCCACCAUGAUUUAUCGUUAUGAAGGAAUAUUGUGUUUUCAAUAUAAUGAAAAGUUUACAAUCUUUUUUUGUGAUGGUUUUUAAGGUACCGGUACCAUUUUUUUGUUGUUUUUUUUUCUAUCUCGUAAACUUGAAUGAUGAUAAGAUUAUGCCUUUAGAUGUCUUCAAAUAUUCUUUAAAGGAAUUUGAGCAAUUUCGUAAUCUGUCACAGCCAGGGUUUCUUUCAGGAAAGCCAAACCCCCCCCCCCCCCCCCCCCGAGCAAAAAUAUGUCCAACAAUAAAUCAACUGGCACUGCCUCCCACUCCCGAAAAAUCUGACGCCACCCUCCCCCGCCUGGGGGGGGGGGGAAUUUUCUGAAACAAUCACUGGUCACAGCUUAGGCUUAAAAUAAUAAGGAUUUGCAAUUAUUCAUUUUGGAGAUUUCAGUUGGACAGUAACAAAAUUAAAUUGUGUCAUAUUAAUUGACUAAAAUAAUAUUGCAAGAGGUGAACCGUGAAGUGUGUUGUUUUUUUUCUUUAAAAAAACUACAUUAUGGGUCAUCCAUGGAUGUCCCAUUACCUAACCUUUAUGAGCCCAUCUCUGUGGAAAUAAGACCGAGGCAUGGGCAAAUAUAAUAAAUGCUAAAAUUAAAGUGCUUUGCUGGGUUACAGAAUAUUUUAAUAGCACUCCCAAAUCUCACCACGACACAUGGGUAGUUCAUGGCUUUAAAUGACUAAUAAGGGUUUUUUUUUUAGGACCGAAAGUCAAAUAAUUGAUGCAUGAGUCACGCAGUGGAGACUGGAGACGGUCGCUGCCUACAUUUCUAUGUUGUUCACAGGCCAAAUAGCUCGACGGACGCGCCCGCCCAUGGGCUUAUUUUCUUCCGCUUUCAGCCUUCGCUAGAGACUAGAGCAUACACUGUACAACCAACGCUGAUUUAUUUUUGGCCGCAUGCUGUGGUGAAUUAGCCACGCCCAUUAGUAUCUGCCACUUGAGAGUUGUUUCCCUUAAUCUUCAGCAACUGUCGAUUUGAAAGGAGUUUUCAGAUUUUUUAAUAGUCUUUUAUUUAAAAUUAUUACCUUCAUGGAUUUGAAAGGUUCAAUGGUGGCCUGCUUAGAUCGCCCCCGUUGCCCGUUCAAAUACACAUGGUCCACAGUGUCCGUUGUAGUGGCAGGGCUAGUUUUUAAAAAAAAAAAAUAGUUGGUAACUUUGAAGUCAAAGAUUGGCCUGGUCCCCAAUAAUAAAUUAAAUGCCAAAUUUUGUCAUAGUGAAAACUCACUUACAUGCUCUCUAUGACAUCAAGUUAAGAAACAAUCUUCCAUAAAGCCUUGCUUUUUAAAUUAUUUUUUAAAAUAAAUAAAGUUAUAGAGGUCUAUAAAUAAUUGAUAAGCCCAGGCCAAUCUCGACCUUGCUUUGUGAUCUAAUGAGAUUUGAGACCGGGGCCAAAAAACUGACCGCCACGUGAAAGGGUCUGACUUUAAUAAGCUUACCCUGACGGCUGACGUAAUUCGAACCACCGAAUGACUUUAUUGUGUGUGUCCUGAAAUAUUUUUUUUUUAAAUUUCAUUGUGCAUGACCAUUUAUUUAAAUCUUAGCCGUCUAUCUAAAAGUGAACGUUGAUCACAAGUAUUUAGAUUUAAGUAGUCAAUUCUUACUUAUCAAAAGCUGUUUGUCAUACCCCAAACAAUCCUUACUCUCUUCUACCCACGUUUAUGUUCUUGUUUUUGUCUUUGCUGGUUUUUUUUUUUUUUUUUUUUUUUUUUUUUUUUUUUUUUUUUUUUUUUUUUUUUUUUUUUUUUUUUUAUUGUAGCCCUCAUUUCUGUCAACCUCUCUUACAUCAUUCCACACACCUUCCUUGCCUUGCACCCCUUUACAUUUUCUUCUCGAGUGAUAUAAUACUUUGUCUAAUUAUGAGCUAUAGAAUUGGUUACCGGAAAUUUGUGUUAAAGAAAUCUCAUCGACGGUAAAUUGAUCGACGGAAAUUUAAUCGAAUCGUUUUUUCAGUUCACACGUUAAAAUGUACGUAAAAUUUCUUUUUGAAAGCACUAUACUAUAUAAUGAAACAAAAUUAUGCGCCUGUAAGCCCCAUGAUAUUUAGACCAGACCAUUACUAAAUUGAAAGAAAUUAGGGUUCAAUCAUGAGUUCAACAGCGCGCAAAAUAUAAUUCCCGAUAACUACGCUAAAUGAUUUAAAAAAAAAAAAAAAAAAAAUUUAAAUAACGCAACUGCGUUUGGCGCGUAAUAUUUUCUUUACGGAAAAUGAAAUCGUCUCAAUUCAAGCAUGGUGUAAAAAAAAAUAUUCUGUUUAAAAGUGGCUGGGACAUCAGAAUAUUUAAUAUAGUUCAUGGGCUUGAACAAAAAAGUGUGCAGUGACGUAUCAUAGGGGGAAGGGUGUAGCAAAAAUUGGGAUUCUUAAAUGUGCGUUACUUGAGUUCAUGUUUUGUCAAGUAACUUUACUAGAUGGGAGUUUAACACAUUGCUGUCGCCAAUGUUUGGCGGGCUAUAUUUAGCAAUAAAAUAAAACUGGCGUGGUUCUUAUAUGACCAACACAUUAGCGUAUGAAGUAAUUUUGCAACAAAAAAAAAAAUAAAAAAUAAAAAAAGAAUUGUAAUAUACUGGUAACAUUGCAAAGACAAAAUGUUGUAACAUCGAUAGUACGAUGCUAAUACCCCUUGAAGAGGCGCUAUUUAAAUUACUUUCCGUUGGGUCGAGAACAUUCGGUCGCAUAUGAAUUAUCCAUAUAGUAAGUAUAUAUCGUUCAGUGACAGGGGCGUCUGCGGAUACUGGGAACACAUAACUUAAAGUACCAUUUUAUACUAUGCAUUUCUAUUAUUUCGGAAUGGUGUGGUUGCUUGAAAUGCUAUAUAAUAAUGGGGUUGGGGGUGGGGUGACAAUGGAUAUGUUAUAUAAAGUUAUGUGGAAUAGGUCAAAAUGUGAUAUUUUUGUGUUAUAUAAAAUGGGCAUGACCCCCAUAUUACCAGGAACAGAUAACUAGCUAACAAUAUGCCUGUGAAGCAAAAGUCGAAUAUGACCUCACAUGGGUUGCGAAAGGAUUCAUGUGAGGUCACCGGCUGAAACAAUAGACUAAGAGAAGUAGUAAUUAUUAAAUGAUUUUAAUGGGUCUUUUAACGUAAGAGUUACAAUUUAAAUCAGACAUUAAACACGUCGCCAAGUAAGUUACACUAGCACAUUAAGUUUUAAACUAUUUUCCUUUCCAAGAAUUUACCCCUUUUUAAAAGCCCUUGUCCCAAAAUAUCGUCCCGCGAGAGAAACAUGACACAAUGGUCUAAAUGUUCAUAGUAUUUUUUUUUUUUUUUUUUUUUGAUUUAUCAUUUUUUUUAAAAAUGCUUGCCCCAAAUCCCAGUUGGUUAGACCGCCUUCUUUUGACCCCCGAUUUCUGUCUAAAAAUUUGACUUAAUUUUUUUUUUUUUUUUUUUUGGAUUGAUCAUUUGUUGUAAAAAUGCUUGCCCCAAAUCCCAGUUGGUUAGACCGCCUUCUAUGGACCUCCGAUUUCUGUCUAAAUAUGUGACUUAAUGUCUACCGUGUAUGGACAUUUUUAGAAAAGCGAGAGGUUCUAUGCAUGUUUUAAACAAAAUCUAUUCAACACAGCUUGGGAACACCAAGUCUAUUCAUUUCAUUUGUGUUGACAAUCCGUGUCAGAAGUUAUAAUGCACACACAUUAAAGAGAUCGAUAAUGCGUUUGUAGUUAGUUCGAGUUUGAGCCCUCUCGGGAUUUUUGAAUAAGUUGGUGCGUUUUUAUACGUGGCAUGCCGUUUAUUAGACUUUUAUUUAAAUUGUCUCUAGUUAUAUAACAAUAUGCUUGUCUGUGAGAUCACAGACGCUACCAUUGCCCAUUGAAACAUAUACGCUUCAACUAAUAAAAUUUGUGUCAAUCUGAGAAUAAAAUCAGUAUUUAAAUUUUCAUUAAAGAAUUUAUAACUUUUAAUAUAAUUAUUUAUUAAAUAACUUAUGAAAAGGGAUAUUACUCUAGCCCCACGGAUUUCAUCUAGUCAAACAAUAACGAGACUUAAAACUAGUAAAAGAGGUGACAGAUGAUUGUUCUUAUCUAUGUAUGUACACAAGUGUUUAGAAACUUAUGAUAAAAAAGCAAGUAAAGUAAUUUUGAAGAGUCUCUUAUAACCAAAAUGUCUAAUAUUAUUAAUAAAAUGAUAAUGCAAAUGAGAUAAUCAUCACAAUGAGGUGGUUGGGGGGGGGCGCAUUGAUAAUAUUAUUUUAAAUAUAUAAUGUAAUAUUAAAGACCAUAAUAAAAUCAUUUAUUAUUUCACCAAAUGCAAACUAUUUUUUUAAAAGUUUUAUUUGCAUUAUGUAUUUUAAGAUUUUUUUAAAAACUUUUAAAAAUGUUUACAACCAAACUGUUUUUAUUUAUUUAUUUUAAACACUCAUCACUUCCUGCAAAAAUGGCUUCAAUUUUGUCGAUUUCAUUUGGUGACCUUAUUUGGAGAUUAAUCAUAAUAUGUGGACUUUAUAAAUACCAUCUAUAAUAACUGAUUCCAUUGUUAAAAUAGUUGAGCAAUCAUUGGCUUUCAUUGUUUUUAAAGUCGAUCAUGACAUAAUUAAAAGAAAAGAAUGCAUUCAAACUUGCAAAGUAGGCCUACCUAUUGACUUUGACUAUGUGAAUGUUCGUAUCAGGGAAGUUAGAUUUAAAUACACAUAUUCACACACGUGUAAACAGGAUCUGUUCAAGAAUGGUAGGUAAAUAUGAAAGAUCUCGUAUAUUUAGAAAGGAUGCAAAGCACCACAAAUCUGCGACACAUAGCGAAAGCAGUUCUGGCCGGUUCUACACAGAGACUGAGCACACACACGUGGCGAGUGAAUUUUUACGAACAUUGUAGCAUCUAUACUAUUAUUAAUAUGCAUGUAUUUGACUUGCGAAUGGUUAAGAAACAGACGUAAAGAUUACUUUGAACAGAAAAGGACAUGACACUAAUAGUACCCAAACUUUCAGCAACACAUUGCUUUUAUCUGGAUGCCUGGAUGUGACACUUACUUUCACACUUAAAGCUAACAUUAAACUCUAGUACCUGUAGUUUAUUUUAUGAUAUUUCACCAGCAUUUCACCUGAUCAUACAUAUUUUAAAACAUCAAGAAGAAAUUUUCACUUUAUUCGGAAUAUCCAUGAAUGGCCAUGAAUUAGUUCAGUGUGCGGUUUAAAGGGGUGGCAGCCGAAAUAAGCCUGAGAACCACUGCUGUACACAAUCUGUGUUCACAAAUAUACAGACUAUCCUCAGUCUCAGUCACAACCUUUGAAAUGUAAUGAACCCUUGGUUUUCGUUUGUUUAAUUUCAGUUCAAAUUAGCCUAAACGCAAAGAGCACGUUGCCAUGGCGACUCCAAUCAGGAAGAAGCUUGUCAUUGUUGGUGACGGCGCCUGCGGUAAGACCUGUCUUCUGAUCGUCUUUAGUAAGGACCAGUUCCCCGAGGUCUACGUGCCUACAGUGUUUGAGAACUACGUAGCUGACAUCGUGGUGGAUGGCAAGACAGUGAGUUCAUCGUUAAUGUUUAGUGGUUUUGUUUAUGUUUAGUGGUUUUGUUUAUGUUUAGUGGUUUUGUUAAUGUUUAGUAGUUUAGUGGUUUUGUUUAUGUUUAGUGGUUUUGUUAAUGUUUAGUGGUUUUGUUUAUUUUUAGUGGUUUUGUUUAUGUUUAGUGGUUUUGUUAAUGUUUAGUGGUUUUGUUAAUGUUUAGUGGUUUUGUUUAUACCGAGUCGAUUUACUUGACCAAUUUGAACAGCCUAUUUCGCACCCCAGUGCAGCCUACGUGCCAAGCAAUGAUUCGAACGAAUAUCACGUGACACACUGUGCUUUAAUGCUUUAAUCAUAAUGAAGUUUAGUUUAUUCCUCUAAUUAUUAUUAUGUUAAGUUUUAACACUCUAAUCCUCAAGACAGUGCUUUCUAAUCUGCCAUUUUUAUCCCCCCACCCCCACCCCCGGGGAGGGGGUACAAGAAAUCCCUACUUCUCUUCUCAUUUUAUGAUCCUUAGAAUAGUUAGAAAAAGAGUUUUUAACGGGUGACGUAAAAAUGAUUCAGAUGUUUCAAGUUCUGAAUUACAUCCGAAACAAUAGCAAAUGCUUCAAAGUGCCUCAGUGCAACACAGUGCAGAAUCAACAAUCUUUCUUCCCAAUAAUAGCAUGGAAACACCUGGACGAUGCCGCUGUGAACUCGACAUCGGUCGAAAGCUUCAAGGCUGCCCUGGCAUCAGCUAGGAGCUGUUAGAAUAGCAACAUCAUACCCCUAACCGUUGCAAAGAUGCCAGUACAUGGAUGCAGCAACGAAACACUACCAGAACCAGAAAUUCGCUCAAAUUAUGCUGUCCAGAUUUUUCAAAGAUUCGUCUCCCACUGGGAAAGAGUCAUUUGUAAUCAUUAUGUAAUUUGUGACGAUCUAACAUCAUUUUUAUUGACUGUCUCAUGGUAUCUUAAAAUCUUAAUUACAGGUAGAGUUAGCAUUGUGGGAUACAGCCGGCCAGGAAGACUAUGACAGGUUACGCCCCUUAUCAUACCCAGAUACACAUGUUAUUCUGAUGUGUUACAGUGUAGACAAUCCAGACAGUUUAGAGAAUAUAGGAGAGAAAUGGACACCAGAGGUCAGUAUCGAUUCCUGAGAUUGGACAAUGUAACUGUUAACCAAGGUUUCUACUUUAAAAUAUGGGUGAGAGGGGUGAGUGAGCUGUGUCUAAAACUAAAAUGUUUUGCUGUUUUUACUUUAAAAAGAAAUUAAAUUGAAGCAUUUUGAUAUUUAUUUAAAACAAUAUUAUUUACCUGGCUUUGCCCAGGUAUGCACUUGUCAUGCUUUUUAUUAGAAAAAUUCCUUGUUAGGUCUAAGAUUUUUCAGUAUGGCUCACUUUGAACAAACGUUAGCCUUUACCCACUGGUCUUUUGUCUGCCCUGUUAACUAACUUAUGCCUUAUGUAUUUAUAUGUAGGCUUGCUUUUCUAGCGUAAUUUUGAAAGUGUUAGACUUUAAACAAAAACCUUUAGAUAAAGUAUUAUGAACCAAUCUAAAUUUUCAAUGAUUUUCAAUUGAAAUUUAUUUUAAAAAUCACAGAGCUAUGACUCAUGUAAAUUUUAUAUUUCUUUUACAUUAAAAUUAUUUACAUCGGGCGGCCUGGCCUUGAAAUGGAAUGAACUAGUUGUAGUUUAAAACUUCCACAAUAUUUUAAGUUUGAUCAUGAAGAGUAUGUGUAGCAGGUUUGCAGACAUAUUUUCACCAGGGUAUUAUUUAAGAUUGGUGAAGCCAGUCAUAUAUUGAUGCCGGUCAUUUAUUGAUGCUGCCUAUGUCAAUUUUAAAAUAAACAUUCAUAGUAUAGCAGACUCUCCUAUUAAAUUAUUAUAUUAUCAAAAUCUUAAAUUCAACAGGUAAGGCAUUUCUGUCCAAAUGUUCCGGUCAUCCUUGUAGGCAACAAAAAGGAUUUACGAAAUGACCCCUCAACAAUAGAGGAACUGGCCAGGUUGAAACAGAGUCCUGUGAAGGCAGAAGAAGGAAAAGCUAUGGCUGAAAGGUGAUAUUCAAAACACGUUAAAACUAUAGCAAUUAGUAUAAGCCAUGAGCAAUCAUUUUUUAUAACAUUAAGAAGUACUUAAAAAUGAUUUUAAAAAUUGAAAUGAAACCUCCCAAAAAUUUGAAUUAAAAAAAGCAUCAUCUGAAUGGAAUUAUUUUUAUUUGUACAAUAUGUGUGACUUUUAAAUAGUAUGUUAUGUCUAAAACGAUUAAUUUAAUAUAUACAGAAUUGGAGCUGCAGCUUAUGUUGAAUGCUCUGCCAGGACAAAGGAAGGAAUUAGGGAGGUCUUUGAGACGGCCACAAGACACGCACUCAAGACAAAUAAAAGCAGUAAAGGAAAAUUUAAAUGCACCUUGUUUUAAUUUAUCUGUGUUUGGCACUUAUCAAAACUGACAACUUUGGAGGAACCCCGCAAUAGUGGUGGCUGUGAUCUUCUGAUUCAACUCAGAAUUCUUUUAAAAGCUCACUGUAAUAACCAUUCUUAUUUUAAAUGGAGCAGACCAGCUACUAGUUUUAAAUAAAAUUCAACUAUGGCGUCUGGAAUUCUCUGGGGCUGACAUCGUUUAAAGAGCUUUAACAAGUUUGUUGUGUGUAAAUUCAGUCAAUUUAAAAAGAAGGAUUGGGCUUCUCCAUUUGAAGUUGGAUAAAUGACACUAUUCACCCAGAUUUUACUCAUUAACUCUAGGAAAGUAAAUUGUUAUCUAUGCCAAAAAAUGAAAUAGAUCCAUCAAUCUUUAUCUUUCCAGUUAUUUUAUUUUAUACCUGUAAGAGUUGCAGGUAUAUUUAACUACUCAAGGAGAUAGUGUCUUGCCAAAAAAGUCAGCUACCUUCACUGUAAUCAUUGGGCAAAGAAAGCUCACUCGUACCGUAAGGGGCUGAGUUAGUUAUAGUCUGUGUACCUGCUAAAAUAAUCUUUUUUUUUUUGCUUCAAUUCCAAAAGUUAAACUGUGAUAUUUAUAACUGGAUGAUUUAAAAUUUUCUGGAUUUGUUAAUAUCUUACCUUAAUGUAUAUUUUUUCUUUAAUAUGCUUACGUCUCAUGCACACAUUUUUGACAUGAGAUGUUGUUUUCAAGGCAAUAGUUCAUGACACAUUUAAGGAAAAGAAAACAAGGUAAAUUUUUAUUUAAAAAGAUUGGAAGCAUGAACAAAAAUAUUAUGUAAGAAGGAAGAUAAUCCAAGUUAUAAAAGCAUGUAAGAGAGUAGUUGAGAAGUAAACAUGGCAAAAAAAUAAUAAAGUGGUAAUUAAGUAGAGCAAUAUAUCAAAUUGCAAUGUGUUAAAUUUAUGAAGAAAGUACUGUAUUGAAUUUUAUAAAUGUAUUGACAUUGUCUAAAUCAAUUGUUGUGCACCGCUGGGGGCCUUUAUCAAUACUUUAACAUGAAUGUUCUGAAAUUCAAUGACAUGUACUUAUUUUCAUUCUGCUUGUUUACAUAGCAAGUAAACAAAUUUUUUUAUUAAUUUACACCUUAAUAAAUUUCCAUUAUAAAAAUAACAGUUUAUAAAAAAUUUGGUCUAAAAGUUGGAUUGGUUAAGACCAGGGUUGUUCCACAGCACUUAAAGUUUUGACUUGAUGCAACUGUUUUUACUUGCAAGCAGGAGGACACUUGGUACUAAUGCGGCAAUUUUUGUUUACUUUAAUUAAAUAAGUAGCUCAUACUCAGCUGUAUGACACUCAUUGUGCAUGGAUAUCACACUGAUUAAAUUGAUUUUAUUUAUACAAAAUGUACAAGCAUUUUAUGCUGGCAAACUGAGAUUGAUUGAAAUAAUACCUUGUUUUUACAAGGAAAAUUAUUUGUUUGUUUGACUGGAAUAAAUGCUAUUAUACCAAAUAAAAUAAACUAUUCAGUAUGUAAAUUGGGAUAUUAAAAAAGUGUUUGAAUUUGAUUGAAGCAUAUUUAAAUAACAAAUGAAAAUGUGUUUCUUUAAUGUACGAAAAUUUUAUGAAAACAGUAAGAAGGUAGAUGUAACGAGAGAGUAUAUAAGAAAUAUUAUUUUUAUGUGUGCAUGUAAUGUUUUUAUAAAACUUGAAAAGGAUUGUAUAUGGUAAGAAUGAUUACACAGAUGUGUGCAUGGGAUCAGAGAGUAUUUUAUAAAAAAUAUAAAAAUGUGUGCAUGUGAUUUUUUUUCCUUUUUUUGUGUGUGUGGUAGAAAGUGCAUUUAAAAAAAAAAAGACUUAAGAUGUUUAUGAAGAGAGUGAAACAUUUGACCAAAUAAUUAUUCACACAAGGAUUCCAGAAUAUUCUCAUUCCUUAAUGUUAUUUACUUGUCAAUUGAUUGGUAUUAUAAUUAUGUUUGUAUUAAAAAUUAACUAUACUUCCACUAGAAAAAUUUCUUUUAUGAAGAAGCCAUUGUUUUCUAAAUAAAGUCAUUUACAAUAA